AUGCAGGGCAGCCUAUGCAAGCUUCAGGGAAGACGAUUCCCAGCCAAAUGCCUUAAGUUGUUCUCCUUCAGUCUGCUCAUCACAUCACUAGCUCUGUGGGGUCAAGUUGCUAAUGCGGCUUUUGGUCUCACUACCACCACUGACUCCUAUGUGGUUGAUGCUGGUUCAUCGAACCCGUUGAAAUUCACCGUCAAUCAUAAUAAUUGUGACAUCAGUUCGAUCAACUGUUAUGGCUCAGAGCUGCAGUAUCAGUCGACUGGAUCACAUAUUGGAUCCGGUCUUGGCACUGCGACGGUUUCUGCGACAACAACUAGUGAGCAAAGUCUGAACCAUGCGAGAGACAGGAGAAUGAUUAAGAUAGGUGAUUACAUCAAGAUAACUUGUAAGACUGAUACGUUGAUUCAUUACUAUGUUGUGUACCUUGGGGAUCCGAUUAUCUAUAUGGCAACUUAUACAUCUGCCGAACCUUCGAUCGGAGAACUGCGAUACAUUGCCCGGCUGAACGCGGACCUCCUCCCCAAUGAGGAGCCAUUCGGCGAUGUCUCUAAACUUGACGGCGGUACUGCUAUCGAGGGAUCUGAUGUUACGUCGCACGCUUACGGUGGCGAGUUCCUUGUCGAUGGAGAAACACGGAGCAAGUUCUACUCCAGCGAUCGAUUCAUCGAUGACCACAGACACUUGCCCAUUCGCGUCUGCAUGAUUAUUAACCAGUACGAAACAGGCGGCUGGCGGACCAUUCCAUCGAACUCGGGCCACGUCCAAACCGAAUCCUACCGUCAGGGUCUGCACGGCCCAUACUUGAUGUACUUUAGCCGCAGUGGUACCCCCAGCACCGACAUCGAUACCUCAUUCUUUGCGGACCUGAACAUUGAGGGAUACGUCGCCACUUCUGGGAGGGGAUACGUUAAGGGUACUGCGUCGGGAGCGGACGAUUCCUUAGACUGGGUGGUCCACUGGUACAAUGACGCCGCGCAAUACUGGACAUAUACCUCUUCAAGUGGAAGCUUCACCUCGCCGGCGAUGAAGCCUGGCACUUAUACUAUGGUCUAUUACCAAGGCGAAUAUGUCGUGGCUACAUCAUCUGUGAAAAUCACGGCUGGGUCAACAACGUCAAAGAAUAUCUCUGGAUCUAUGAAUACCGGAACAACCAUCUUCAAAAUUGAAAGACCAGCCGGCUUCCGUAACGCUGCGAACCAACUCCGCAUGCAUCCCUCGGACAACCGAAUGUCCUCAUGGAGCCCGGGCACAUACAAACGACUUUCCUAUGGCAAUUUCAAAUCCGUUAACUCGCCGCUGACAAUUAGCUUCACGACGACUUCCUCACAAACCGGCGCUGCGACAUUGAGAAUCGGAACGACUCUUUCCUUUGCAGGUGGUCGUCCUCAAGCUACUGUCAACAGUUACAAGGGGUCUAUCCCCUCCGCUCCCACCGAUCUGAGUUCGCGAGGUGUUACCCGAGGUGCAUACCGCGGUCUUGGCGAGAUUUACGAUGUAUCGAUCCCGGUGAGAACUAUUGUCGCGGGAACCAAUACGGUAAUGGGCUACUUACCACGGAUUUUGGAUCAGUGCAUCAAUGGAUUUAGAUCACCGUCUCUGUCGUCUCCGGUAGCUCGGGGGAUACGAAUUCAUGUGGCUACCAGCAGGCCAUUAUUUGACAAAUAG